GCAGCGGGACCGACCGGAGGUACCGGGGCGGCUGGGGGUCUGGAAGGAUGAUGCCGGUGACCCUGGAACUGCGGCUUCUCCUGCUGGCACUGGCACUGCGGGGGGAGGCAGUGUCCCCGGCAGUGUCCCCUUCAGUGUCCCCUGCCACGUCUCCCCCCGAGCCCCCCUCUGAGACGUGUGGGGCAGCACUGGCGGAUGUGCUGAGGCGCCUGCGGGAGCUCGAGGGGCAUGUGCAGGCACUGAGAGGACACUGUGGGGACACGGGGGGACCCCAGGCCGGGACAGGCCGGUCGGUGCAACUCUGUGCGCCCCCUGCCGGCGGCGGCUGCGCCUGCCCCGCCCCCUCGGUCGAGGCCCCUCCCCCGCCCCCCGCGUGCCCGCGCGGCUGCAGUGACCAGGGCCGGUGCGAGCGCGGGCGCUGCCGCUGCUUCCCGGGGUUCAGCGGCCCCGACUGCGCCACCCCCGCCUGCGCGCCGGGAUGGGGCGGCGCCCGCUGCGACAUCGAGGUGCCCUGGGUAACACCACGGUUGGCCUCCCGUACCCCAACGUCCCUGCGCAUCACCUGGCCCCAGCCCCUCGUUCCUCCUGAUGGCUACCGGGUGACCCUUGUUCCCCUGGACGACCCUGUGGCCAUGACAACGCAUGAACUGCCCAGCUCUGCUGUCGCCUUCUCAGUGACAGGGCUGUCCCCAGGCCACCCCUUCGAGCUGCUGGUCCAAGCCCGGCGGGGGCCACAUCUGGGGGCACCCGGGGUCCUGCGUCUGCGCACAGCGCUCAUCCCGCCUGUGCCCCACUAUGAGGGGUCCCCAGGGUCACCUCAGGGCUCCCUGGGGUCCCCAGCAGUGGCACCAUCAGCCCGAGGGUCUCCGGAGUCCCCAGGAUCCCCAGGGUCACUGGGGUCCCCAGGUUCACCAGUGUCACCCAUAUCACCGGACUUGUCCUUGGGGUCACCUGAGUCUCUGGGGUCGCCAGCAUCCCCCAAGGUUCCAGCAUCCCCAGUAGCUCGAGGGCCCCUGGGAUCCCCAGCACCCCCAAGGUCAUCAGUGUCACCAGAAUCCCCAGAGUCACCAGCAUCACCAGAGUCAUCAGUGUCACCAGAUUUCUCAGCGUCACCAGUGUCCCCACAGUCCCCUUUGCCCCCAGAGUUCCCAGAGUUGCCAGUGUCCCCAGAGUCCCCAGUGUUUCCAGGGUCCUCUCCACCCCUGUGGCCCCCAGUGUCCCCAUGGCCCCCACUAUCCCCAGGCAUCCCCUCCCUGCAGGACCUGGUGGCCCGGCUGUCCACGUACAGUGGAUCCCUGCUCCAGCGUCUCGAGAGCCACCUUCGGGCCACCAACUUCCCACUCCGUGGCAACCAGACAGUGCCAGGGGUGGCCCGUGCCAUCCUGGCCUACAUCCUGCGCCGGCAGGCAGCCCUUGGGAGAGGACAGGGACCCACAGGGAAGGGUGGAAACCAGGAGCUGGUGCUGGAAUGGGAGGACAUGGAUGGUAUGGAGCUGAUGAAGCCAUGGAAGGAUGUGGGGAAACCAGUCAAAGCCGAGCCAGCGGAGCUGCGUCCAUCCCGGCCAGUCCUGGGUGACCUCAGUGUCAACAGCAUCACGCCCAGCUCCAUGCAGCUGCAGUGGACUGUCCCUGAGGACUCGUUUGACUCCUUCAUGCUGCAGUACCGGGAUGCCGAGGGCCAGCCCCAGGCCCUGCCCAUUGAUGGCGGGUCCCGCUCAGUGACAGUGCCAGGCCUGUCCCCAUCCCGCCGGUACCGCUUCCACCUCUAUGGGCUGCGGGGUGGGAAGAGGAUCGACCAUGUCUCCACUGAUGUCAGCACAGCUGCAGAAGAACCAGAGGAGCUGUCCUUGCACUCAGAAGAGCCCCAACAGGAGAAAUCCCAAACGGAGGCCCCUGCAUCUAAUGCGUCCCCAGCACGGGCAGUGCUAGGGGAGCUGAGGGUCUCCAGUGUCACACCCAACUCUGUGCAGCUGCAGUGGACUGUCCCCAAGAGCUCCUUUGACUCCUUCACACUGCAGUACCGGGAUGCCCAGGGCCAGCCCCAGGCCUUGCCCAUUUAUGGCGGGUCCCGCUCGGUGACAGUGCCAGGCCUGUCCCCAUCCCGCCGGUACCGCUUCCACCUCUAUGGGCUGCGGGGCAGGAAGAAGCUUGACCAUGUCUCCACUGAGGUUGUGACAGGUGCAGCAGAGCCAGAGGAGCUACCCCUGCCCUCUGAGAACCCCCAACAUGAAAAACAUCAAACCGGGUCCCCUGCAUCUGUGGCACCCCUUGCACAGGCAGUGCUGGGUGAGCUGAGGGUCUCCAGUGUCAGGCCUGACUCUGCACAGCUGCAAUGGACUGUCCCCAAGGGCCCCUUUGACUCCUUCAUGCUGCAGUACCGGGAUGCGCAGGGCCAGCCCCAGGCCCUGCCCAUCGAUGGGAGAUCCCACUCGGUGACAGUGCCAGGGCUGUCCCCAUCCCACCGCUAUCACUUCCACCUCUAUGGGCUGCAAGGUAGGAGGAAGAUUGACCAUGUCUCCACAGAGGCUGUGACAGGCACAGAAGAGCCAGAGCAGUUGCCCCUGCCCUCUGAGGAGCAAAAACAAGAGAAACCACAAAGUGAGACCACCCCAUCUGUCCAGGCAGUGCUGGGGGAGCUGAAGGUCUCCAGUGUCACGCCCAGCUCCAUGCAGCUGCAGUGGAGUGUUCCUGAGGGCUCCUUUGACUCCUUCAUGCUGCAGUACCGGGAUGCCCAGGGCCAGCCCCAGGCCCUGCCCAUCGAUGGGGGGUCUCGCUCGGUGACAGUGCCGGGACUGUCCCCAUCCCGCCGGUACCGCUUCCACCUCUACGGGCUGCGGGGCAAGAAGAAGACUGACCGUGUCUCUAUUGACAUUACCACAGCAGCAGAAGAGCCACAGGAACUCCUCCUUCCCACAGAGGAACCACAGCACGAGAAACCCCAAACUCAGGCCCCCACAUCUGAAGACACUCCAGCAAGACCAGUGCUGGAGGAGCUGAGGGUGUCCAGCAUCACCCCCACCUCUGUACAGAUGCAGUGGACUGUCCCCAAGGGCUCCUUUGACUCCUUCAUGCUGCAGUACCGGGAUGCCCAGGGCCAGCCCCAGGCCCUGCCCAUCGAUGGCGGGUCUCGCUCGGUGACGGUGCCAGGCCUGUCCCCGUCCCGUCGGUACCGCUUCCACCUCUAUGGGCUGUGUGGAGGCAAAAGGAUUGACUGUGUCUCCACUGACACUGUCACAGCCAGUGAAGAACCCUUGCCUUCAGAGGAGCCCCAACAGGAAACACCCAAAACUGAGUCCCCUACACCUGAGGCACUCCCAGUGCCAGCAGCACUGGAGGAGCUGAAAGUCUCCAGUGUCACACCCAACUCUGUACAGCUGCAGUGGAGUGUCCCCAAGGGCUCGUUUGACUCCUUCAUGCUGCAGUACCGGGAUGCCCUGGGCCAGCCCCAGGCCUUGCCCAUCGAUGGUGGGUCCCACUCAGUGACAGUGCCAGGGCUGUCCCCAUCCCGCCAGUACCGCUUCCACCUCUACGGGCUGCGGGCUGGGAAAAGGAUUGACCAUGUCUCUACUGAGGCUGUGACAGCACCAGAGGAGCCACAGGAACUCCCUAUGUCCACAGAGGAACCACAGCACGAGAAACCCCAAACUGAGACCACCACAUCUGAGGCCACUCCAGCAAGACCAGUGCUGGAGGAGCUGAGGGUGUCCAGCAUCACCCCCACGUCUGCACAGCUGCAAUGGACUGUCCCCAAGGGCUCCUUUGACUCCUUCAUGCUGCAGUACCGGGAUGCCCAGGGCCAGCCCCAGGCCCUGCCCAUCGAUGGCGGGUCUCGCUCGGUGACGGUGCCAGGCCUGUCCCCGUCCCGUCGGUACCGCUUCCACCUCUAUGGGCUGCGUGGAGGCAAAAGGAUUGACCGUGUCUCCACUGACACUGUCACAGCCAGUGAAGAACCCUUGCCUUCAGAGGAGUCCCAACAGGAGAUGCCCAAAACUGAGUCCUCUACACCUGAGGCACUCCCAAUACCACCAGCAGUGGAAGAGCUGAAGGUCUCCAGUGUCACACCCAACUCUGUGCAGCUGCAGUGGAGUGUCCCCAAGGGCUCCUUUGACUCCUUCAUGCUGCAGUACCGGGAUGCCUGGGGCCAGCCCCAGGCCCUGCCCAUCGAUGGGGGGUCUCGCUCGGUGACAGUGCCGGGACUGUCCCCAUCCCGCCAGUACCGCUUCCACCUCUAUGGUCUGCGGGCUGGGAAAAGGAUUGACCAUGUCUCUACUGAGGCUGUGACAGCACCAGAAGAGCCAGAGGAACUCCCUAUGUCCACAGCGGAACCACAGCACGAGAAACCCCAAACUCAGGCCCCCAUAUCUGAGGCCACUCCAGCAAGACCAGUGCUGGAGGAGCUGAGGGUGUCCAGCAUCACCCCCACCUCUGUACAGAUGCAGUGGACUGUCCCCAAUGGCUUCUUUGACUCCUUCAUGCUGCAGUACCGGGAUGCCCAGGGCCAGCCCCAGGCCCUGCCCAUCGAUGGCGGGUCUCGCUCGGUGACGGUGCCAGGCCUGUCCCCGUCCCGUCGGUACUGCUUCCACCUCUAUGGGCUGCGUGGAGGCAAAAGAAUUGACCGUGUCUCCACUGACACUGUCACAGCCAGUGAAGAACCCUUGCCCUCAGAGGAGCCCCAACAGGAGACACCCAAAACUGAGUCCCCUGAACCUGAGGUACUCCCAGUGCGAGCGGUGCUGGAGGAGCUGAAGGUCUCCAGUGUCACACCCAACUCUGUGCAGCUGCAGUGGAGUGUCCCCGAGGGCUCGUUUGACUCCUUCAUGCUGCAGUACCAGGAUGCCCAGGGCCAGCCCCAGGCCCUGCACAUCGAUGGGGGGUCUCGCUCAGUGACAGUAUCAGGACUGUUCCCGUUCCAUCGGUACCGCUUCCACCUCUACGGAAUGCACGGCAGGAAGAAAAUUACCCAUGUCUCUAUUGAGGCUGUGACAGCACCAGAAGAGCCAGAGGAACGGCCCCUGCCAACCGAGGAACCGCAAAACGAGAAACUCCAAACUGAGGCCCCCACAUCUGAGGCCACUUCAGCAAGACCAGUGCUGGAGGAGCUGAGGGUGUCCAGCAUCACCCCCACCUCUGUACAGAUGCAGUGGACUGUCCCCAAGGGCUCCUUUGACUCCUUCAUGCUGCAGUACCGGGAUGCCCAGGGCCAGCCCCAGGCCCUGCCCAUCGAUGGCGGGUCUCGCUCGGUGACGGUGCCAGGCCUGUCCCCGUCCCGUCGGUACCGCUUCCACCUCUAUGGGCUGCGUGGAGGCAAAAGGAUUGACCGUGUCUCCACUGACACUGUCACAGCCAAUGAGGAACCCUUGCCCUCAGAGGAGCCCCAACAGAAGACACCCAAAACUGAGUCCCCUGAACCUGAGGCACUCCCGGUGCGAGCGGUGCUGGAGGAGCUGAAGGUCUCCAGUGUCACAUCCAACUCUGUGCAGCUGCAGUGGAGUGUCCCCGAGGGCUCAUUUGACUCCUUCAUGCUGCAGUACCGGGAUGCCCAUGGCCAGCCCCAGGCCUUGCCCAUUGAUGGGGGGUCUCGCCUGGUGACAGUGCCAGGGCUAUCCCCGUCCCAUCUGUACCGCUUCCACCUCUACGGCCUGCGGGGGAAGAAGAAGAUUGACCAUAUCUCUACUGAGGCUGUGACAGCAGCGCCAGAAGAGCCAGAGGAACUCCCCCUUCCCACAGAGGAACCACAGCACGAGAAACCCCAAACUCAGGCCCCCACAUCUGAGGCCACUCCAGCAAGACCAGUGCUGGAGGAGCUGAGGGUGUCCAGCAUCACCCCCACGUCUGCACAGCUGCAAUGGACUGUCCCCAAGGGCUCCUUUGACUCCUUCAUGCUGCAGUACCGGGAUGCCCAGGGCCAGCCCCAGGCCCUGCCCAUCGAUGGCGGGUCUCGCUCGGUGACGGUGCCAGGCCUGUCCCCGUCCCGUCGGUACCGCUUCCACCUCUAUGGGCUGCGUGGAGGCAAAAGGAUUGACCGUGUCUCCACUGACACUGUCACAGCCAGUGAAGAGCCCUUGCCCUCAGAGGAGCCCCAACAGGAGACACCCAAAACUGAGUCCCCUGAACCUGAGGCACUCCCGGUGCGAGCGGUGCUGGAGGAGCUGAAGGUCUCCAGUGUCACAUCCAACUCUGUGCAGCUGCAGUGGAGUGUCCCCAAGGGCUCAUUUGACUCCUUCAUGCUGCAGUACCGGGAUGCCCAUGGCCAGCCCCAGGCCUUGCCCAUUGAUGGGGGGUCUCGCUUGGUGACAGUGCCAGGGCUAUCCCCGUCCCAUCGGUACCGCUUCCACCUCUACGGCCUGCGGGGGAAGAAGAAGAUUGACCAUGUCUCUACUGAGGCUGUGACAGCAGCGCCAGAAGAGCCAGAGGAACUCCCCCUUCCCACAGAGGAACCACAGCACGAGAAACCCCAAACUCAGGCCCCCACAUCUGAAGACACUCCAGCAAGACCAGUGCUGGAGGAGCUGAGGGUGUCCAGCAUCACCCCCACGUCUGCACAGCUGCAAUGGACUGUCCCCAAGGGCUCAUUUGACUCCUUCAUGCUGCAGUACCGGGAUGCCCAGGGCCAGCCCCAGGCCCUGCCCAUUGAUGGCGGGUCUCGCUCGGUGACGGUGCCAGGCCUGUCCCCGUCCCAUCGGUACCGCUUCCACCUCUAUGGGCUGCGUGGAGGCAAAAGGAUUGACCGUGUCUCCACUGACACUGUCACAGCCAGUGAAGAGCCCUUGCCCUCAGAGGAGCCCCAACAGGAGACACCCAAAACUGAGUCCCCUGAACCUGAGGCACUCCCGGUGCGAGCGGUGCUGGAGGAGCUGAAGGUCUCCAGUGUCACAUCCAACUCUGUGCAGCUGCAGUGGAGUGUCCCCGAGGGCUCGUUUGACUCCUUCAUGCUGCAGUACCGGGAUGCCCAUGGCCAGCCCCAGGCCUUGCCCAUUGAUGGGGGGUCUCGGUUGGUGACGGUGCCGGGACUGUCCCCAUCCCGCCGGUACCGCUUCCACCUCUACGGUCUGCGGGGGAAGAAGAGAACUGACCGCGUCUCCACCGAUGUUAUCUCAGCCGACCCAGAUGAUCUGCCCUCACCCUCAAUGGAGACUCCAAAUGAGGCUUCCAGAACUGAGGCCCCCACAGCUGAGGCCCACAAUCCUGAGCACACUCGAACUGAGUCCCCCUCAGCUCGGGCAGUGUUGGGAGAGCUGAAGGUCUCCAGUGUCACACCCAACUCUGUGCAGCUGCUGUGGAGCGUUCCUGAGGGCUCCUUUGACUCCUUCAUGCUACAGUACCAGGAUGCCCAGGGCCAGCCCCAGGCUCUGCCCAUCGAUGGGGGGUCCUACUCGGUGACAGUGCCAGGGCUGUCCCCAUCCCAUUGGUACCAUUUCCACCUCUAUGGGCUGCAAAGUGGAAAAAGGAUUGACCAUCUGUCCACCGAUGUCGUCACAGAUGCAGCAGUACCAGAGCAGCUGCCCCUACCCUCAGAGGACCCCCAACAUGAAGACCACAAACUUGAACAGCCCCAAACUGAGGCCAACCAGGAACAGUCAGCAUUGGGAAAGUUGAGGGUCUCCAGUGUCACACCCAACUCUGUGCAGCUGCAGUGGAGUGUCCCCAAGGGCUCAUUUGACUCCUUCAUGCUGCAGUACCGGGAUGCCCAGGGCCAGCCCCAGGCCCUGCCCAUUGAUGGGGGGUCUCACUCGGUGACAGUGCCAGGGCUGUCCCCAUCCCGCCGGUACCGCUUCCACCUCUAUGGGCUGCGGGGGAAGAAGAGGACUGACCGCAUCUCCACCGAUGUUGUCACAGCCGACCCAGAUGACCUGCCCUCACCCUCAAUGGAGACUCCAACUGAGGCCCCUGCAGCUGAGAAUCACCAAACUGCACAUCCCCAAGCCGAAGCCCCUCCAUCUGAGUCCCCCUCAGCACGGGUAGUGUUGGGAGAGCUGAAGGUCUCCAGUGUCACACCCAACUCUGUGCAGCUACAGUGGAGUGUCCCAGAAGGCCACUUUGACUCCUUCACUCUGCAGUACUGGGAUGCCCAGGGCCAGCCCCAGGCCCUGGCUGUUGAUGGCGAGUCCCACUCGGUGACAGUGCCGGGGCUAUCCCCAUCCCGCCAGUACCGCUUCCACCUCUAUGGGCUGCAGGGUGGGAAGAAGAUUGACCACGUCUCCACUGACGUUGUCACAGCUGACAGGGAAGGUCAGAGGAUUGAGGAUGCAGCUGUUCCAGAGCAACUGCCCCUGCCCUCAGAGGAACCCCGAGAUGAGAAACACCAAACUGAGGCCACCGCAUCUGAAACUACCCCAGCGCGGGCAGUGCUGAAGGAUCUGAGAGUCUCCAGUUUCACCUCUGACUCUGUGCAGCUGCAGUGGAGUGUCCCCAGUGCCCCCUUUGACUCCUUCAUGCUGCAGUACCGGGAUGCUCAGGGCCAGCCCCAGGCCCUGCCCAUUGAUGGCGGGUCCCGCUCAGUGACAGUGCCAGGGCUGUCCCCAUCCCGCCGGUACCGCUUCCACCUCUAUGGGCUGCGGGGUGAGAAGAGGGUCUACCAUACCUCCACUGAAGCUGUUACAGCUGCAACUAACUUGGAUGAGCCACCCAUACCUUCAGAGGAGCUCAAACCUGAGGACACCCAACGUAAAGAUCCCCCAGUUGAGUCCACCUCAACUGACGCCCCCUUGGCACGGGCAGUGUUGGGGGAGCUGAGAGUCUCCAGUGUCACACCCAGCUCUGUGCAACUGCAGUGGAGUGUUCCCAAGGGCUCCUUUGACUCCUUCGUGCUGCAGUACCGGGAUGCCCAGGGCCAGCCCCAGGCCCUGCCCAUUGAUGGCGGGUCCCGCUCAGUGACAGUGCCAGGGCUGUCCCCAUCCCGCCGGUACCGCUUCCACCUCUAUGGCCUGCAUGGAGGCAAAAGGAUUGACCGUGUCUCCACCGACAUUGUCACAGGUGUAGGGAAAGGUCAGAGGGCCACAGCCAAGACAGAGGAGCUACCCCUGCCCUCCAAGGAGCCCCAACCUGGGGACCCCAAAGGAAAAGAUGCCCCAACUGAGGCCACCCCAUCUGAGGCCCCCCUGGCACAGGGAGUGCUGGGAGAUCUGAAGAUCUCCAGUGUCACACCCAACUCUGCACAGCUGCAAUGGACUGUCCCCAAAGGUUCCUUUGACUCCUUCAUGCUGCAGUACCGGGAUGCCCAGGGCCAGCCCCAGGCCCUGCCCAUCGAUGGCGGGUCCCGCUCAGUGACGGUGCCAGGGCUGUCCUCAUCCAACCGGUACCACUUCCACCUCUACGGGCUGCAGGGUGGGAAAAGGAUUGACCAUGUCUCCACUGAGGCCGUCACUGGCGCCCCAGGGACCCUCUGGGUGGGCUCUGUGUGGCCCCGCAGUGCCUGGCUGCACUGGAACUCCCUGCACAUCCCCCCUGAUGGCUAUGAGCUGGAGUACGGCCCCCCUGGGGGACCCCAGCAGACCCUGUGGCUGCCUCCCGAGGCUACGUCGCGGCAACUGUGGGGACUGAAGCCAGCAGGACGCUAUGGGGUGCGGCUGUGGGGCCGAGGGGGAGACCCCCAAAGUGCCCCCCUCGAGGCCACCUUUGUCACCCCCCCCCUCCCGCACCCGCAGCCCCGGGACUGUGCCGAGGAGCAGCUGAACGGGCCGGGCCCCUCGCGGGAGACCCUCAUCUUCCUCAGGGGGGACCCGGCCCGGCCUCUCAGGGUCUUCUGUGACAUGGAGACGGAUGGCGGUGGCUGGCUGGUGUUCCAGCGCCGCCAGGACGGGGGCACCGACUUCUGGCGGGGGUGGGAAUCGUAUGCCCGCGGCUUUGGCAACGUCAGCGGCGAAUUCUGGCUCGGCAACGAGGCGCUGCACGAGCUGACGAGCACGACCCCCACGGAGCUGCGCAUUGACCUGCGGACUGCCCGCGACGCCGCCUUCGCGCUCUAUCGUGACUUCGCUGUCGGCAGCGCCCAGGAGCGAUAUCGGCUCCGGGUGGGAGCGUUCAGCGGCACCGCCGGGGACGCCCUCUCCUACCACUCGGGCAGCCCCUUCUCGACACGGGACCGGGACUCCCGAGACCCUCGGGACCGCCGGGACCCCUCGGGGCGGCCCCAUCCCCCUCCCUGCGCCGUGGCCUACGGCGGAGCCUGGUGGUACCGAAACUGCCACUACGCCAACCUGAAUGGGCGCUACGGGACCCCCCGAGACCACCAGGGCAUCCACUGGUUCCCCUGGAAAGGCUUCAAUGUCUCCAUCCCUUUCACCGAGAUGAAGCUGCGGCCGCAGCGCAGCUGAGAGGGCUCAGGAGGGUCCCCUGAGUGUUGGGGCUAGGGGAUCACAGAGUCGGGGGUGGGGGGCCUGGAUGCUGGGGGAUCCCCAGCAGGACUUGGGGAGGCUCAAAGGUGAAACUUUUUUGGGGGGGUAAUAAAAGCU